AUGGACUUCGAGCCACUCCCCUCCGCCGCCGGCGACGCCACCGCCGACGAGACUCCUCCCGGUCGCGCCGUCUGCAGCUCCGGCUGCGGCCGCCCGUCCACCGUCUGCCUCUGCCCAUACCUUCCCGCCACCCCGCUCCCCACCUCCACCACCGUCGUCGUCCUCCACCACCCGCACGCCCUCCGCCGCAACCCGCUCUCCACCCUCCCCCUCCUCGCCCGCUCCCUCUCCAACCUCCGCCUCAUCCCCGGCCGCCGCCUCCUCCCUUCCUCCGGCCCCCUCAUCCCGAACCCCGUCCUCCUGCUCUUCCCUUCGCCGGGCGCCGCCGACCUCGCUUCCUGGUGCCGAUCCACGCCUCCCGCGGCGCGCGCCAACCCGACGCUGCUACUGCUCGAUGGGACAUGGAAGCAGGCCAAGGAGAUGCACGCCGCCAGCCUCCCGUUCCUGUCCUCCUUCGCCGUCCCCGUCUCGCUGCCCGUCGACUGCGGCGUUGACGGCGACAGCAUGUUCGAGGGGAAGCUUGUGGUGAAGAAGGAGCCGCACAAGGGGUGCGUGAGCACUAUGGAGGCCGUCGCGAGGGCUCUGCGGCUGCUGGAGCCGGAGGGGAGGGGAGCAGAGAUCGAGGAGACGAUGGUGGGGGUGCUCAGGGCGAUGGUUGCCUUCCAGGCUGAGCAUUUGCAGCAUCGGCCGAUGAAACCGAGGGUGAAGAUGAGGAAGAAGAAGGAUAUCAAGAGGGAGGAAGAGAUGAAGAGGGAUGCCAGAUUGGAAUGA